UCCUUUACCCAUUUUUUCUCCCUCUCUCCCAAGGCCUACAUGGCGACGCUCAAGGAGAUUCUCACUCGACGCCCGGUGGCGGCGACGAUACGCCUCACGGUUCCGGCAGGCGGAGCGAAGCCCGCGCCACCGGUGGGUCCUGCCCUGGGUCAAUACAGGCUAAAUCUAAUGGCGUUCUGCAAAGACUUCAAUGCGCGGACCCAGAAAUACAAGCCCGAAACCCCGAUGGCCGUCACAAUAACGGCGUUCACGGACAACACCUUUGAGUUCACGGUGAAAUCUCCGUCCGUCACGUGGUACCUCAAGAAGGCGGCCGGAAUCGAGAGCGGCAGUAGCCGCCCAGGUCACGUGACCGCCUCGACCAUUACCCUUAAGCACGUUUACGAGAUCGCCAAGAUCAAGCAGAGUGAUCCGUACUGUCAGUAUAUGCCGCUUGAGUCCAUCUCGAAGUCCAUUAUUGGGACCGCGAAUUCCAUGGGAAUUAAGGUUCAGAAGGAGCUCGAUUAGUUUGAAACCUCUGUACUUGUUCGAAGUUAUUGUAGUGAUAUGUGUUCUUAGAACUGCGAUUGAUGGGCAAUCUGUUAACACUUGAACUGCAGUAUUUCAUUUUCCAAUUUUAGACGGAGGUAGCGUUUUUUGCUGGCGUGUGCAAAAGAACGUGCUUUUCUUUCAAAUGAGUGCUUCUAUUGUAUGUUCUGCAUUUCUCCGUCGGAUUAGUUCGGUUGUGCUUCUUGCGUGAAAGCUUUAGACAAGAAUGAUAGUUGACUAAGAAAUUUGUGUUGCAAAAA